ACGGGAGCCUCUCUCCUUCCCUGGGCUGUUUUUUCAGUUUCCUGUCUCGCAUUGUGCUCACAGCGGAUAUGUGCUGCGCCUACAGCAGGAGCAAGUACACGUCAGAAGGCAUUUCAUCCUGGGCGCUAUUUGCACAGAAGCCUGAGCCCCAAGGAGUCCCUUUCACUGGCAACACUUGUGCUGCUCAGGUGCAGAGAGUGAGGGGAACAGCCCAGGGCUCAGUUCUGGGGCUCAGCUGGUACCCCCAGGAGCACAGCUGAGCAAGGAUAAGCACUGACACCGCCUCGUCUCCUCUUCCAGUCCCAGAGGAAGUGGGUUCUUGUUUAUGGUGUGCACACAGAUUUUUCAUGUGAAUUUUCUGUUUUCAGAAAGAAGAUUAAACUGUCCUGGAAAAUAACUUGAUUAUAGUGAAGAAGACUUAGUGGAAAAGUGAAUGUACUACAUAGAAAUGGCUUUAUGGAUCUGGACACUGACCAUUUUGAGCUGUUUUUGCAUCACCUUAUCCAGAAAUGAGGAACUGAAAUUUUUUCAGAGUGCUACAGAGCUAAAUCAUCUGACAGUGGAUAAUGACACUGGGAUAAUCUAUUUGGGAGUGGUAAAUGCACUGUAUCAGCUUACAGAAAACCUGGAAGUAAUAAGAUCUGUAGAAACAGGUCCAAGAAAGGACAACAAAAAAUGUACACCUCCCAUUGAUGAAAAUCAAUGUAAAGAGGCCGUACUGACGGACAAUUAUAACAAAUUACUGUUGCUGAACAAGGCAGAUAAUACAACUGUGGUAUGUGGGAGCCUUUUUAAGGGAAUCUGUGCCAUCAGAGAUCUACAAAACAUUAGUGAUGAGAAGUACUACGUAGACAGUAGUGGAGAAAAGUCCUUUGUAGCAAGCAACGAUGAGAAUGUAUCAACUGUGGGACUGAUCACUUCCUUGAAUAAUGACCAAGUGCUGUUUGUUGGGAAAGGGAAUGGACCAAAUGACAAUGGGAUCAUAAUCAGCACUCGGCAGCUUUACGCCAGGGAUGGGAAAGACAUUUUUGAAAUGUAUACAGACUCAGCAGCUGUCAAGUCAGCUUAUCACUCAUCAAGCACACAACAAUUUGUGGCAGUUUUUGAGGAUAAAAAUUACGUUUAUUUUAUUUUUAAUCAGCAAGAGAAACAGCCUGUCAACAACCGCACACUGAUUGCGCGUCUGUGCAAAGAUGAUGCCCAUUAUUAUUCCUACUUUGAAAUGGACUUGGGUUGCAAAGAUGAUGAUGGUGCCUAUGACCACUGUCAUUCUGCUUUCGUCACUACUCCUGGAAAAGAACUGGCUGAGAGCAUGGCUCAGCAGGGACAACCUGCAGAUUCUCCCUCAGAUGACAAAGUUCUUCUUGCACUCUUCAGCAAAGUGAACAAAGAUGACAACUCUCUAAAAUCUGCCAUGUGUGUGUUUUCCUUGCGGCAGAUCAAUGAAAAGAUGGAAAAAAACCGGAAUGAUUGCUACACUAAAAAGAAUACCAGCUCAUUUUACAAACUUUUUUCAGCAGAAAACCCGUGUGCAUUACAUGGACUGAAUGCCAGCAAAAAUUUCCCCUGUGGCUCAGAACACUUGCCGUACCUUUUGGGAAGCAGGAAUGGUGUGGUAGAGAAGCCGGUGCUGCAGAAAGAAGGGAUGAAUCUCACAGCUGUCACUGUGGCUGUGGAGAACGGGCACACCGUGGCCUUUCUGGGAACGUCGGAUGGUAAAAUUCUUAAGGUGUUCCUGUCAUCCACUGCAACUGAGUACAGCUCUCUUACUAUCGAACGAAGCAAACCUGUAAAGAAGGACCUGGUCCUUGAUCAAACCCAGGAAAAUCUGUACGUGAUGACCACUGACAAGGUGUACCGAUUGCCUGUGCAGGACUGCCACAAAUACUCGGACUGUGAGAAGUGUGCCCAAGCCAGGGAUCCAUACUGUGGCUGGUGUGUGAGGGAGGGCAGGUGCACAAAGAAGGCAGACUGUGGAGCAGCUGAUAUGGAGAACCACUGGCUGUGGAGUCCAAGUGGCACAUGUGUGACUAUCAUUAGUGCAGACCCUCUAAAUAUGAGUCGCAGAGCUCCUGCUAAGGUGGAACUGACUGUAAGUCCACUGCCAACUUUGACUGAGAGUGACAAGAUUUCCUGUACCUUUGGUGAAACAGUGCAUUCUGCUCAGCUGAAAGAAGGAGUUAUUAUCUGUGAUCCUCCUGAUAUAAUUCCUCCAACACCAAAACAUCAAGAUCAUGUUUCAGUUCCACUUCAGUUAACCUUUGAAAAGAACAAGAUUUUUUUUGCAUCACAUACUUACCCUUUUUAUGACUGUGAAGAAGCAAUGAAUCUUAUUGAAAAUCAGCCAUGCUAUUCCUGUGCAAGCAAUAGAUGGAAUUGCCAGUGGGACUGGAAGAGACAUAUCUGUGAAGAGUCCUCUUCAGUACAAGAUGUGAUUAAACAAAAUAUGGAGGAAGAAUGCCCACAGUUUCUAAACCCUGACCCUUCAAUAAUACCUAUGGAGUACCAAACAACUGUGUAUUUUGAGGGAAAACAUCUAGAUUAUUAUCAGGGUAAAAAAUUUAUGGUUGGAAACAGCCAAUUUGAAUUUGAAGCUUCUGUUGAUGAGUCAGAGGAAGGAAAAUUUUCAUUCAUCAGUAAAGAGUUCUCCUAUAGUGCAAAUGAGACCCUACAACUUAACUUAUCCAUGAAGACUGAUAAGGUCAAGAUUGACAGCAAACUGAUGGUGACUCUGUACAACUGCUCCUAUGGACGAAGUGACUGCAGCUUGUGCCUUGCUGCCCGGCCUGAGUAUAAGUGUGUGUGGUGUGAAGAAGAUGGCAAGCCCAGCAAGUGUGUGUAUGAGAAACUCUGUCACACUCCCCCCACCAACACGUGUCCUCCUCCAGAAAUCACUCGUAUUGAGCCAAAAACUGGACCACUAAGUGGUGGAAUUCUUUUGACCAUAAUGGGAUCUAAUUUGGGAAUAAAGGCAGAAGAUGUAAAAAGUAUAACAGUGGCAGACAAGGAAUGUCUUUUUAAAGAGGAGUUCUACUCUGUUUCCACAAGGAUUGUGUGUCAAGUUGGACCAAUGAAUGAACUACAACAAGGUCAAAUUGAAGUUAACAUCAAUGGAAAAUUAGGAAAAUCACCAAGUGAAGUCUUGUUUACAUACCAGGAACCUUAUCCUUCUCAAAUAACACCUGAAAGUGGUCCACAGGCGGGUGGAACCAGGCUUACCAUCUCUGGUAGAAAUCUGGCCACUGGUUCCAAGAAGGAUGUUCAAGUUUCUGUUGGAAGCCAGCCUUGCAAUGUUACUGAAUUUGGAGAUGAGAUCGUCUGCGUUACAGGACGCAAUAACAAGGUUGAGCCUGUUCCAGUCAUAAUGAACUAUGGGGGCACGAGAAUUACUGUACCACAGCAGUUUACAUACAGUGAGAAUCCUACUGUCACCAAAUUCCUGCCAGUAAAUAGCUUCAGCAGUGGAGGGAGAAAUAUUACAGUGACUGGAACCGGUUUUGAGCUCAUCCAGACUUUCUCAUUGGUGGUAUAUGCAGAGCGUCCAGAAGCAGGGAGGAUGAAUCAAAAAACGUUUUAUGGAACUGUUGUUACAAGACUUAAUGAAACCACUGUGGUUUUUUCUUCCCCACCAAUACUGGAAGACCCAGAAAACUAUAACAUUACCACUGUUAUUCUAAUGGAUCAUUAUAAGUUGGUUGUAAAAAAUGAGAGCCACUCCUUUGCCUAUGUCGCAGACCCAACUUUUGAAAACUUCACUGAUGGAAUCAAAAAACAAGUCAACAAACUUAUUAAUGCAAAGGGCAGUAACCUGAACAAAGCCAUGACGAUAGAUGAGGCCCAGGCUUUUGUGGGUGAUGAGCCUUGCAAUAUAAAAACUCUGACUGAAACAGACUUGUAUUGUGAGCCACCAGAAGUACAGCCUCAACCAAAGAAACGGCAGAAGAGAGACACCAUCAAUAACCUUCCUGAAUUCAUUGUAAAAUUUGGACACCGGGAAUGGAUCCUUGGAAGGGUGGAAUACGAUAACCGUGUGACUGAUAUUCCACUGAAUCUCAUUUUGCCACUGGUACUUAUUCCUAUGGUAGUAAUCAUUGGCAUUUCUAUCAUCUGUUACAGACGCAAGAGCCAACAAGCAGAACGAGAGUAUGAAAAAAUUAAAUCACAACUUGAAGGCCUGGAGGAGAGUGUCAGAGACCGGUGCAAGAAGGAGUUCACAGAUCUAAUGAUAGAGAUGGAGGAUCAGACAAAUGAUAUCAACGAAGCUGGAAUUCCAGUACUAGACUACAAAACAUACACAGACAGAGUCUUCUUCUUGCCCUCCAAAGAUGGAGAGAAAGAUGUGAUGAUUACAGGAAAGCUGGAUAUUCCUGAGGCCAGGCGCCAGACCGUGGAGCAGGCUUUGUACCAGUUCUCCAACCUCCUCAACAGCAAAUCAUUUCUCAUUAAUUUUAUUCACACGCUGGAAAACCAAAGGGAGUUCUCUGCUCGAGCUAAAGUGUAUUUUGCAUCUUUACUGACUGUUGCUUUACAUGGAAAACUAGAAUACUACACUGACAUCAUGAGGACCCUGUUCCUAGAACUGAUGGAGCAGUAUGUUGUGGCCAAAAACCCAAAGCUGAUGCUAAGAAGAUCUGAAACAGUUGUUGAGAGGAUGUUGUCUAACUGGAUGUCUAUUUGUUUAUAUCAGUACCUCAAGGACAAUGCUGGGGAGCCUCUUUAUAAAUUGUUCAAGGCUAUCAAACACCAGGUAGAAAAAGGCCCAGUGGAUGCUGUACUAAAGAAAGCAAAGUAUACACUGAAUGACACAGGCUUACUGGGAGAUGAUGUAGAGUACACACAGUUGACAGUUAAUGUAUAUGUGCAGGAGGGAGGAAAUGAUUCCAUACCUGUGAAAGUGCUGAACUGUGAUACCAUAUCACAAGUGAAGGAGAAGAUAAUAGACCAAGUCUAUCGAAAUCUGCCAUGUUCUCAGUGGCCCAAAGCUGACAGUGUAGUUCUUGAAUGGCGUCCAGGUUCUACUGCACAGACCCUCUCAGACUUGGAUUUAACAUCCCAAAGAGAUGGCAGAUGGAAACGUAUCAACACACUAAUGCAUUAUAACGUCCGAGAUGGUGCCACUCUCAUCUUAUCAAAAAUGGGAAUUUCCCAGCAGCCAGAGGAUAACCAGCAAGAUGUCCCAGGGGAAAGACAUGCACUCCUGGAAGAUGAAAAUAAGGUCUGGCAUCUAGUCCGGCCAGUGGAUGAAAUGGAUGAAGGUAAAUCAAAGCGGGGCAGUGUGAAGGAAAAAGAGAGGACCAAAGCUAUUACAGAAAUCUACCUGACCAGACUUCUUUCUGUGAAGGGGACACUUCAGCAGUUUGUAGAUGACUUCUUUCAUAGUGUGCUCAACUCAAACCAAGUGGUGCCACCAGCUGUGAAGUACUUCUUUGACUUUCUUGAUGAGCAAGCAGAAAAACAUGACAUCAAGGAUGAAGAUACCAUUCACAUCUGGAAAACAAACAGCCUGCCUCUUAGAUUCUGGGUAAACAUACUGAAAAAUCCCCAUUUCAUCUUUGAUGUUCAUGUUCAUGAAGUAGUGGAUGCUUCCUUGUCAGUCAUUGCACAGACUUUCAUGGAUGCUUGCACAAGAACAGAGCACAAAUUAAGCAGAGAUUCUCCAAGUAAUAAAUUACUUUAUGCGAAAGAAAUCUCUAACUAUAAGAAAAUGGUGGAAGAUUACUACAAAGGUAUUCGUCAGAUGGUGCCAGUGAGUGACCAAGACAUGAAUACCCAUCUAGCAGAGAUUUCUAGGGCACAUACCGACUCCUUGAACACACUUGUGGCUCUGCACCAGCUCUACCAGUACACUAACAAAUACUAUGAUGAGAUUAUAAAUGCACUUGAAGAGGAUCCAGCUGCACAAAAAAUGCAGCUUGCCUUCCGUUUACAGCAAAUAGCAGCUGCGCUAGAGAAUAAAGUGACUGACCUUUGACUCAAAAGCCGCAAUAAAAUCUGAUCUAAAGAUGUUCAAAUUCAUUCUUCCUGUUAAGGAAAUAGUGUUCUAUUUUUUAAUGUAUAAUUACAACUUUAAAUGAAAGAUUUCAUGGUUUUUUGAUAGCAGAGGUGUAAUGUAAAGAAUUUUUACUGUAAAUUAUGCUUCUAAUUAAAAGCUGUGUUGUGUGUAAAUGAA